AUGGCACCUUCUUCCUCCUCAAGAAGAGCACGAGGGGACCGAGGGUGGUCAGGGGAGCUCGCCCACGCGCCGGUGGUGGUUGGCUGGCCAAAGAGGCGCGCGGGGCUAGGGCGCGCGCCGGUGAGCUGGCCGUGUGCUGGGGGAACCGCGCCGUGGAACAGGGCCGCCCGCAGGCAUCCUAGAGCCGGGGUGGGUGUCGUCGCGGGGUGGAGGACGGCCGGCGGCAGCGGCAGACCUCCAGAUCUGGCCGGGGCGGGGCGGAGGAGGGCCGGCGGCGGGCGGGAUCGGGAGCUCGCCCACGCGCCGGUCAGGGGAGCUCGCCCACCUGGCCGUGCUCGAGCAGAGCUCCAGCAGCCACACAAGGAAGACAGUGGCAAGCUGCAGCGGAGAGCCGCACGAGCCACGACCACCACCACCUGCGCCCUGUAUCCCGUGAUGAACCACGUCGCGAGCAGUGGCACGGCCACCUCGGCCGCGAACGACAGCGCGGAGGCCACCGCUGCUUGGCCCGGGCUCAAGAGGAGGCCCGCGGCUACGGCCUGGUCCGAUGGUGCUCCGUCAUCUCCAUCUCCGUCACCCACCGCCGACUCCUCAUCGUCCUCCUCGGCCGCGCGCUUGUCGCUGGGGGCUGACUUGCAUGUGGAUCCGGCCACGCCGCUGACUGAGCCAGACAUGCACACGGUGCUAUCCGCAAACAGUGAGACACAGACUAUAAUGAAAGGGAUAAAGCAUGGAGCCUGUGAUUAUAUGGUAAAGCCAGCGCGUGUCGAACAGGUUAGGGGCAUAUGGACACAUGUGGUGAAGAACAGUAAGACUGAUCCACGGAACAACAUCAGAUCUGGGGAUGGUGAUAAAGUUGAGAACUUGCCAUCUGGGGAUGGUGAUGAAGUUGAGAAGGUUGGAGCAAACCACGCCAAGAAGUAUUCAAGGAAAAACAAAAAGGUUGUGGAUGUUGCUGAUGAGGACAACAAGAACACAUCAACCCAGAAGAAGCAUAGGGUCCAGUGGUGUGGUGAACUACACCGGAAGUUUGUUCAAGCUGUCAAUCAGAUUGGCAUGGACAGGGCUGUUCCUAAGAAGAUAUUAGAAGUCAUGAAUGUGGAAGGCCUUACUAAAGAGAAUGUCGCCAGUCAUCUGCAGAAGUACCGAAUCUACCUCAGAAAGCUCAACGAGGGCACACUGAGGAAUUCUAAUCCAUUUGCUGAUGAAACUGAAGCACUGCGGAGAAACAUGAAUGUCCCAUCCUUCAUUGGCUCUUCAAGCUCAAGCAACCAUUUUGCAAAGAUGAAUUCCUCAUCUGUAAUUGGAACGCAAGCUUCGCUGCCCACAGAGUCAGUUCAGGUCAUGAGCUCCCAACUGGGCAUUCCUCCGUCAAACAUGGAACCAGUUGGUCACAGUGUCAACCUGCCCAAAGAUGUUGUGCCUAUGCCAGUGCAGGAUAUCAGCAGAUUCAACACUUCUGGCAAGUCCUACGCACCUGUAUCGAGUGGUGGGCUGCCAGGUGCAAGCCAGUGCUUCCGUUCUGGUCCUUCUGGCAGCUCCUUUGCAAAUAGUUCAAAUGGUGUGGUGUUGAACACAAGCAAAGCUUUCUAUGCUGAUAUUCCUGGGAGUUCAUUUGCAAAUAUCUCAAAUGACAGUCCACCAUUGACCUCGAACAUGUCCUUUUCUUCGUCUCGUUCCUGCAGCUCCUAUGCGAGCAUGUUGCGUGCCAAGAUUUUGGGGUCAAGCAGAGGUAUUCCUUUCGAAGAUAUAUCAGAUGGUGAGAUGUUGGCUCCUUCUGGUCAUUUACCAUUGCAAUCUCCUGACUUGGUGAACCAGCCUUCGGUUCAGCUUCAAUCAUGUUCUGCUGGCCAAUUUAACAAGGUUGCCAGCGAAGUUCACCAAAUUGCAGGACCUAGCAACUCCUCGAAAGUUGCUGUGCCGUCAAGGUUUUCUGAUCUUGGUCAUAAUGUUGGAACAUCUGAAGAUCCUUCACAGGGUAACAUUUCCAAGAUCAACCAAUUGUCAAGAUUUGCAGGCUCCUCUGGACAGAUUUCAACUUUCGGAAAUGACUAUCAGAAGAAAAAUGCAGGAAUCGUGGGGAACACCGUACCAAUGGUAGGUUUCAGAGAGCAGGUGGCAACAUUUAGUUUUGGAAACAACACGCACUCUACAGCGAUGCCGAUUGGCAAUUCUGCUUUGGCUAGUUCUUCAAGCACCAGACCUGACCUUCAGAUAGACAACAAUUCUGCCAUGCCGACCCAGGUGCUGAAUGGCGGUGGUGCAAGUGACAACCUACAUGUAGGUAGCACUGUUAAUCAGCAAGCUGUUAGUGACCAAGUGAAUAACAUCAAUGAUUUCGUCAUGGGAACAUGUGAGGCACAGAAUGGGGAGAGCUAUGACUUGGAUGAUUUCCUUGCUUACUUUAAUCAACAGGAUUUCAUCAACAAUGGUGGUCCUUUCAUCGAUGGGGACUGGGAGUUUGCCCCUUGA